AUGCCAGCACGCAGCAGCAGCAACAGCCAAGUCAUAAGGGGAGAGGGGCGGGGAGGCAGCACCGGGCAACAGCCAGCGGCGAGAUGGAGGCGGGACUCAGGUUCCGCACUCCAGCUGCUGGCGUCCCCCCUGGUGUCGCGGUCCCCGUCUCCGAACCCAGAAACGGAGGACGAAGGUCGGAUCACCGACGUGGAGCUAGAGGAGGAGGAGGAGGCCGGCGUCCGGUCGGCAGGGCAGGAGGCUGAGGUGCCGACCAUCAGCCUGUCCUCGUCCGAGGAGGAGGAGGAGGAAGCCCAGGAGGACACCGGGACGGAGACGGUGAGUCCGGAGGUCUCCUCGGACGAGGAGGACGAUCCCCGUCGGGCGGCAAAGGCCCGGAUGGCAUUCCGCCGUAUAAGGAGGGCCGCAGCCGGAUUCGGGCGGAUCCGGUUGGGCGACGCAGCGCCAUCGGGCCGCCCGGAGGAGGCAGGAGCAGCACCGCCACCGCCACCACCGUCGCAGCCUCGGGCCGCAGCACCGCCACCGCCACCGCCACCACCGUCGCAGCCUCGGGCCGCAGCACCGCCACCGCCACCGCCACCACCAGUCGCAGCCUCGGGCCGCAGCACCGCCACCGCCACCACCGUCGCCGCCCCAGGGAGCAGCACCGCCACCGCCACCGCCACCACCGUCGCAGCCUCGGGCCGCAGCACCGCCACUGCUACCACCGUCACCGCCGCAGGCACCACGGCCAUUCCAGGCACCACGGCACGGAGCGGAGACACCGCCGCCUCCACCGCCGCCGUGGGUGCUAACGCCAGCGCCGUUGCCAGCCAAACGGCUCGGUGGGGAGCCGGAGUUUUGGGAGAAGGGGCCCUGGGUGUGGCCGCCGCCAGGAGAGCCAGCCGCACGGCCGCCCAAAGUCGCCAGGAUGACAUCGUGCCCGGAGCCGCGGUCGCCACCAGCAAGGCCGUCGAUUAG